AUAUGACCGGCAAGAUUGGGAUAAACUAUGGUAGAGAAGGGGACGAUUUGCCGUCGCCGUACAAAUCGAUUCAGAUCAUGAAAUCCAUGAAAGUUGGCCAGGUAAAGCUCAAUGAUUCGAACCCCGAAAUAUUGACACUCUUGUCGGGAACCAAGAUCCAUGUUGCCGUUACGGUUCCUAAUGAAGAGAUGAUCCGGAUCGGUUCGAAUGAAACGUAUGCAGAACAAUGGGUCAGGAACAGUUUCAUACCUUUCUAUCCGAAUACCCUGAUUCGGUUCGUGUUGGUCGGCAACGGAGUCCUCAAUUCCGACAUAGACAGUGAUCGGAUCGCGUUGUAUGAUUCCCUUCUGCCUGCAAUGCGUGGGAUUAAGAAAUCCUUGAAUAAUCACGAUAUUAGGAACGUCAAGGUCACUACGACGCUAUCAAUGGAUGUGCUGCAGACGACUUUCCCGCCUUCUAAUGGUACGUUUCGGUCCGGUAUUUCGGGUACCGUGAUGCCGAGGAUGUUGAAAUUCUUGAACCGGACCAAAUCGGUUCUUUUCCUCGAUGUUUACCCUUAUUUCGCAUGGUCUGCUAAUCCGAAAAACAUUAGCAUAGACUUCGCUCUUUUAAGAGGAAACAUAACGCAAACCGACCCCGGAAGUGGCCUAGUUUACACAGAUCUCCUAGACCAAAUGCUUGACUCAGUCACAUUCGCCAUUGAAAAGAUCGGAUUCCGCAAUAUCCGAUUAGCAAUAUCCGGAACCGGCUGGCCUUCUGCGGGAGAUAUCGAUCAAAUCGGUGCAAACAUCUACAACGCAGCCACUUAUAACCGAAACCUCAUCCGAAAAAUGACAUUGAACCCGCUACCGGGGACCCCUAAAAGUCCCGGUGUGGUCAUACCAACAUUCAUUUCCUCCCUAUAUGAUGAAAACCACAAGAUAGGUCCAGGAACAGAGAGGCAUUGGGGCUUGCUACAUGCCAAUGGAACACCGGUUUACGAAAUCGAUCUCACCGGGAGCCGUAAUAUGUCUGACUACAAGCCGCUGCCACCCGCCGAAAACAACGAGCCAUAUAAAGGGAAAGUUUGGUGCGAAGUGGCACCGUGGGUCAACGAAGUGAGCUUGCCAUCAGCAGUGUCCAAUGUUUGCGGCAUUGAUAAUCAAACUUGUGCGGCAUUGGCCCCUGGGGGAGAGUGUUACGAGCCAGUAUCAGUGGUUUGGCAUGCAAACUAUGCUUUUAGUUCAUAUUGGUCAAAGUACCGAAGCCAGGGGGCAAUUUGCAGCUUCAAUGGGUUAGCUAGAGAAACAACUGUGGAUCCGAGUCGUGGACGCUGCAAUUUCCCGAGUGUGACACUGUGAACAAAGAUUGGAAGCUUUUAAGGUCUCUGUCAUGGAAAUCAAAGCUGCAAUAACUCAAAUUCUAGGAAAGCU